AACAGUGAUAUCUUUGUUGGCCAACCAAAAUGCACAAAAUACAUGGUGCAAUCUUUCAAAGAUCCACUGGCUUCUUCAUUAGUCAUGUAGGUUAAAAAUCAUGCAGUAGGGGGAAAAAUUAGUCCCACGCCUGCAUUUUGUCAAGAUGUUGCUGUUCUCAGUUCAGUUAUUGUUGGCGGGACAUUCAUGUAGGCAGACCCCUCCUCCUUCUGGCCAUGUGGGAAUUUUUUAGAAGUUCCAUUAGCAAGUCCAUUGUCUGCGGUUCUGAGAUUACUUCUUCUAGUUCUUUUUAUACCCUUGUAUGUAGUUCACUGACCAUGGAGACUGGAAGGCAUUUAGCGUAGCCAGGUAUUCCUGUACUACUGCUUUAUCCAAUCUUUGCUUCAUUUUCCCUACCGCAUUAUCGUUCUAUUUUCCCUUAGUAAAAAUUUAGUAAUCAUUUAAUAAUAAUUAGCCCUUAGUAAUAAUUCUCCUCGCUCCAUUUUCCUCUUAGUAGUAAUCAGUAUUAUGGUAUUUUCAUCUGUGAUCACAGGUGGGCAUUUGAAAAAUAAGAUUACUUUGAGGCACAUAAUCAUAGGAUCCUCUUAGUAUAUAACAAGUUUGAGGUGAGUGCUUUUCAAACUGUUGGACCUGUGGUGAAGGGAUUCACACAGAUGGAUCCAAAUGCAUUCUUCUCUAUUAGUGCAACUCAGUAUCAUAACGCUAUAAAUACACUCUUCUGGUCCUCUUUAGGCGCUCUCUGGGAAGAAUAAAUGAAUGGGUGGAUGGAUGGAAUAGCUCCGUUGCAUCCAUCAUUCUCUAAGCACAACUAUUUAAGAGCCUUCCCAAACCUAACAAACCAUGCAGUUGAGCACUCCCAGGAGAAGCUUCUUUGUCUCUAUAGAGUCUGAAUGGGAGCACCAGUCAAACAGGAUUCCUUUGGGUCCAAAUUAGGAAAAGACACUCCUCUUGUUCAGGUUGAGAACACUAGGGCAUUCUGGGAAAGAAUCAUACCGAAGAACUUUGGGGAGGAUAUGCUCAGCUCAGAUUUACAGUCCCAGCUUUUCAGACAGUUCUGCUAUGAAGAGUCAGAAGGGCCCAGAAAAGUUUGCAACCAACUCCACAGUUUUUGCCGCCAGUGGUUGAAACCAGAAAGGCACACAAAGACUCAAAUGCUGGACCUGGUGGUCCUGGAACAAUUCUUGGCUAUCCUUCCACCGGAGAUGGAGAGCUGGGUCCGAGAGUGUGGAGCAGAGACCAGUUCCCAGGCGGUGGCCCUGGCAGAAGGUUUCCUCCUGAGUCAGGCACAGGAGAAGCAGGAGGAAGAAAAACAGCAGCUUCUCCUGGGACAGGACCUGUUUGUGAUGGAGAUGGCUGACAUGGAGAAAUGCCCUUCUGAGACCAAGUGGAUGAUACUGGACAGGAACAAAGCUUCCACUUCAAUGGGAGAUGGAAUAUUGACACAGCCAACAUCUCUUGAUAGUGAUGCUCUUGAUGCACCUCUCACAAGACUGAGUCAGGUGACCUUUGAAGAGGUGGCUGUGUUUUUCACUGAGGAGGAGUGGGCCCUAAUGGGCCCAAGUGAAUGGGCCCUGCAUUGGGAAGUGAUGGGAGAGAAUUGGGGUCUUGUGUCUUCUAUGGCUGCUGAUGGGCAACUGAGUAAGAAUGAAGAGGAACCAUACAGCGUGUUGCCUGAAAGAGCAACAGAUGAAAAGAUGGAAAAUAAUGGAAGAAACACUGGCACUGAAGGAAAGAGGAGCAAAACAUCAGCUUCUGAAAGUGGAGAGAUCUGUGGAAUCUCAGUGGAGGAUAUUAUACAGAAUGUAGAGGAAUGUAUUUGUCUUCUGUGUGGGAGAAGCUUCAGUUGUAAAGCAAAUCUUAACUGUCAUGUAAGAACUCACAUGGGGGGGAUCUUUUUCCAAGGUGGUGAGCGUGGAAAAAUCAUCAGUGACGGGAAAGGACUGAUUUCCCAUCGAAGAAAUCACUUCAGGGAGAAACUAUUUCAGUGCCCGGAGUGUGGAAAGAGCUUCCAUCUAAAGGUACACCUCACCUCUCAUCUAAGAAUCCAUACAGGGGAGAAGCCAUUUGAAUGCUUGAUGUGUGAAAAGAAAUUCAGUCAGAAGAGAGCCCUCACUCGUCAUGAAAGAAUUCAUACAGGAGAGAAACCAUUUCAGUGUUUGACAUGUUGGAAGAGCUUCACUCAGAAGACAGAUCUCUCUCGUCAUCAAGUAACUCAUACAGGGGAGAAACCAUUUUGGUGUGUGAAGUGUGGGAAAAGCUUCGGUCAGAAGACACACCUUACUUCUCAUGAAAGAAUUCAUACAGGGGAGAGGCCAUUUCAGUGCUCCGAAUGUGGGAAAAGUUUCAGUCAGAAGCCACACCUUGCUUGUCAUCAAGCAACUCACACAGGGGAAAAACCGUUUAAAUGCUCAGAAUGUGGAGAACGUUUCACUCGGAAGGUGCACCUCACCCGCCAUCAAGCAACCCACACAGGGGAGAAGCCAUUUCAGUGCUUGGAUUGUGGAAAGUGUUUCACUCGAAAAACGCAUCUUACUUCUCAUCAAGCAGCUCACAUGGGAGAGAAGCCAUUUAAAUGUUUGGAGUGUGGGGAGAGCUUCAUUCGGAAGUGGUACCUCACUUAUCAUCAAGCAAGUCACGCCAAAGGGUAACAAUUCAAAUUGGGUGGGUACAUUGUAGAGCCCAUGUGGCUUGCCCGCUUGGCUUUCAGUUCCUUUGGAGCUUGUGAGAGCUGCAGCAUUUUGUCUGAGCUGCCAUUCUGGGCGAGCAGAAGUGAUGUAGCAUCACUUCUUGUUCCCUUUGCGGCCCUUUUGGCUGGGGAGGGCUCUUGCUGGUUUGGAGCUGGGUAACAUCCAAAACAGCAUUUUAAUGUUUGAGCAUUCACCACAGGAAUUAAAACAAUUACACACACAUUUUUUUUAAAAAAGUAUUAGAAACAUUGAUUUAAAACAAUUUUAAAAGGCUGGUGUAACCGUCUGAAAUCAUUAUAAUAGGAUUAUAAUGACAUCAGACAAGUGUUACUCAAAGAUCUGAGUAAACAGAAAUUUCUUCAUCUGCUGGUGGAAAGACAUGGAGAAACAGCCAACCUCACUUCACAUGGAGAGAAUUCCACAGUCUGGGAGCAGCCACCAAAAAGGUGCAUUCCUAUAUCUUCACCAAAUGUGCCAGGAACAGUGGGAGGACUGAGGGAAUGCCCCCAGAUGAUGAGGAAAACAUUGGAAUUAAGGUUUUUCUAUACCUUGGCAUAGUCUUCAGUCAAAAUGGAGACUGCAGAAGAAGAAUAUUUUUUUUUCAUUUUUAAUCUUUAUUAAAUAUUCGAAUAAAAUUACAAACUGAAGAAAAUACACUAUAUAAAAAUGCUUAACCAAGAUUUAAAAGAUUCUUCUUAACCCAUAUUCUUCUACUUCAUCCAGCUUUCGAUGAUCGAAGUUUUUCUGAGUCUUUCCUACUUCCAUUUAUAAGAAUGAUGUACAAGCUCAAUCUGUACUAUUAAAUUAAGUACUGAGUAACCCCUCGGUAUUGUUUCUAUAUAUAGUUUGAUCCAAAAACACUAUUUAUUUACAUUAUAGCUUCAAGUGUAUCUUGAAAAAACAUUUAUGAUCUCAAGGUAACAAAUUAAGUACAUCAAGUUACUCCUUAAACUAAAUCCUCUAGGCGAAUAUAGUGAUAGUAAUGAAAAGAAAGAGAAUAAUCAGACGGUCUUUAAAUUGGUAUCAGCUCCUGUAGAAUGAGAUUUUGUUCUGAGAUUAGGAGAGAAAGUGGGAUACAAAAAAAGAACAAAAAAAAAACAUUGUAAUCCUAAUUUGAAUAGAUAAAAUUCAAAUCCCCAUAUCUCAUCCCAAUCUUUUUUAUCCUGAUAGUUUAUGGAUCUUUUCCGCUACUAAAAGUUUUCCCCCACCUUACACUUUAAAUUAAGGACUAUUAUUCCAUAAGCAAUAUGCCCAAACCCCAUUCCUUAUCCCAGUGUAGCAUAACCUUGUUCCACAUUUCCUUUCUUUUGUUAUUAUCCCCAUUCUGUACCUGACAGGAUAUAAUAUCCAACUCUCUGUAUUCCAUAAUUUUCAUCAUCCAGUUUCCCCACUUGGGUGCUUCACUGGUUUUCCAAAGACGCGCGAUUUCUAUUCUCGCAGCUGUGAUCAGAUACAAAGGUAUUCUCCAAUUGCGAGAUUCGUCUUUAAGGUCUAAUACCUUUGUUAUAUUUAAUAAAAAUAACUUAGGAUUUAAUGGGACUUUUAUUUCUAAUAAUUGUUGAAUAGAUUUGUGCACCUUAGCCCAAAAUUUCUGAAUUAAUGGGCAUUUCCAUAGCAUGUGUACCAGUGUACCCUGUUCCUUGCUACAUUUCCAGCAAAGUCCGUUUGGGACUUUGAACAUCUUUUUCAACCUCCAGGGGGUUAUAUACCAUCUAUUCAUAACUUUUAGAUGGUUUUCUCUUAGAUUCUGUCCCACAGUAAAUUUGUCUGUCUUUUUCUAUGCUGCUUCCCACUCCUCUAAACUUAUGUUCAUAUUUAAGUCAUUAGCCCACUUCAACAUGUAGUCUUUUACCACAUUUUUUUCUAGAUUCCGACUCAACAAUAAUUUAUACAAUUUCGCAAUUUUUUUCUUCUCCGGUUGCCAAAGUAUCUCGUCUAGACUGUUAAAUGAAGUUUCUAUUCCCCUUAUCUUUUUAUCCUCUUUGUAUUUCUGUGCAAUUUGAAUAUAAUUAAACCAGGACACAUCGUGACCCUCUUCUAACAAUGUCUCUCUUGAUUUUAUGGAAUCCUUUGCAGUACCUUUUACAAUCAACAAAUCUUUAUACGUAAGAAAUUUGUUCUGGGGAAGCCAUCUCCCAAAAAACGCCUCUUGAGGAGAGGUCCAAAAGGGUAACUUAAAAUAAAAUAGCUUUUCCAUUCUCUUCCAUGUAAUUAGUAACGACUUUCUAAGAGGAUGAUUGUCAAAGUCCUUGUUUUGUUUCUUUUUAUCAUAGCACACAAACGCAUGCCAACCGAACCUAAGUUGUGUGUUUUCUAAAUUUAGCAUAAAAGGAUCAUCUAGUUUUAUCCAACCUUGCAACCAAAUUAAACUGCAGACCCAGUAAUACAUUUGAAUGUCGGGGAGUGAAUACCCUCCUCUAUUCUUUGCAUCCUUAAGUACCUCCCAUUUUAUUCUGGGUCUAUGUCCUUUCCACACAAACUUUUUAAGUUCUCUUUCCCAGCUUCUAAAAGUGUUUUGCUUUAUCAAAAUUGGGAGAUUCUGUAACAAAAACAUGAUUUUUGGCAUUACUGCCAUUUUAAUUGUAGCUAUCCUCCCUAAUAAAGAGAGAUUUAACUGGUUCCACCUUCUCAGGUUUUCCUGGACCUCCUUCCACAUCACUGUGUAAUUGUUAUCAAACAAUUUUAAGUUGUCUUUUGCUAACCAUAUCCCCAGGUAUUUGAGUUUUUUCUCCUCUGUAAAUCCUGACUUUCCCUUUAAGAGUUCGCUUUCUGUUAGAAUCCUGUUAGUAUUCUACCAGAUAGUGUUUUGUAGUGUAGUAUAGUAGUUGGGGGGAUGAUGGGGCUUUAGCUGCAGUAGAAGAGUAGAUAGUGAUA